CAAAUAUAAAAAUAAAAAGAUAAGAUUCAUAUUAUUACAAAACAGAUAAGGUAAAACUAGAUUAGCUAAAUGGUAUGUAGAUUAUGAUGAAUAAGAAAAAGUCAAGCUUUAAAGUGAAAUAAAUAGAAUAAUAGUAUAUAGAGAUAGAAAGCAAACUAAUUUUUUAGAAUUUAGGAAUUAUAAAGUCAUUUACAAAAGAUAUGCCGGAUUAUUUUUUUCAAUAUGCGUUGAUGUCAAUGAUAAUGAAUUAACUUAUUUAGAAAUGAUUCAUUUUUUUGUUGAAGUAUUAGACUAAUUUUUUAGCAGUGUCCGUGAAUUAGAUAUUGUUUAUAAUUUCCAUAAAGUUUAUGGUAUUAUUGAUGAAAUGAUCAUUGGAGGAGAACUUGUAGAAACUAGUAAAGCUUAAAUAUUGUCUUUAAUGAGACAAUAUGAAUUAUUAGAAUGA